GAUAAGAUGACAGUUCAACGCACAGCUGUCAUCUACCCAUGUCUGUUAAUCUUUGUUUGCCUCUAGUUCUUGCCGUGGGUUUAUGUUUAUGCGUCUUUUGUAACGAUCAGCACACCAAAGAUAUUGAAAGAUACCGAAAUUAUGGCGGAUCCUUGGACCCCUACAAGAUGCAUUCGAUGUCUUCUAUACCGAGCCGUACAAAAAUCUACAAAAGAUCAAACACCUACUACAUGUGUUCAACCGAAACUGCCCAAAUAUUACAAGUAUCUUCCCAAAGAUGGUCCAAAGAAAGAGGCAUGUUUUUAUUGCAGUCGAGGGAACACACAGGCAAACCAAACUCAUAAUCACGAAGAUGCUUGCAAGAAAACUACGUGGAAAAUUCAAAUUCACACCUCCAUACUUUCUGGUAAACACUGGAAAGAAGUAUACAGACUCGAGGACCAUGUCUAGAGCUUACUAUUGCUUAGGGUAUUAUGCGACUGCAUAUGAUGCUGCUAUGCUGCUGCCUCACCGCCCCAUCAUAACUGGGGGGUACUGGCUUGACCAGUUAGCUUUUGGAAUGGUUGCUACAUUCACAGAGAAUCUACCCCCAGCUGACUCACCCCUGUACACUUGGCCCAGGGACCUUCUCAUGCCUGAUGUCAUUUUCUUCCUGAACCUUCCGUCACACAACUUGAAAAACACUUUCACGGAAGAAGACUCGCUUACUUUCAGAUCUAGGCUCAUCCAGUUUUAUCGAAUUUGGGGAAAACAUCCACCUGUGAUAGAAGUCAACUCCACGAAUGUUCACAGAGAUGUCAUCAGAAUUAUGUCAAAAUUCAUUGAACAACGACUUGGCUACUUAAAACACCUUGAACCAACAGUGCCGCCAACAUACUGAGCUUUAAAAAAAGCAUAAAAAAGAUAAUAACUCACAUACAUUCAAAUUACAGGUAUAGUACAUGAAGAGCCUUGCAAAUUUUUUAAAAAUAAAUUACAUAUGUACAACUGAUAAUAAUAUUGUUUGAACCAAUAUUUCCAUGGCUCAAAUUAAACAUGUUUAUAAAUAACAAGA